AAGGGAGUAGAACGAAAAUAGAUGAGUUAGCUUGUGGUGUAGUCUGUUCUUCGAAUAGAUACGAGAGAAUGGUGCUUCAGGGUCGAUAGUAAGAGUCUUCAUGUCCUUUGCUGGCUACCUUAUAUACUGUAGCCAUCGUUCACUCAUUCAUCCUCUUUUCAUCUCGAAAGGAGGAGGUGGCAAGUCUGCCUGCAUAUUCUUUUCGAGAUGCGUCAUGCUAUGCACAUCCCUCAAGCUGAGCUGCCUCGGAACUUGCAGUAGAUGUUGGCUACCAAGAGUCGAGGAGAAAGAUGACAAGGAUGAUAGUUGGUUCGGGAAAAUGGAGGGGAAGCAGCUGAAUCCGCCAGGUCCCCAUGUCGCACGUCACCUGCACCGCCAAGGCACAGCUGAGAUUCAAGCGAGUUCAGCAUUUCGGAUGACUGAGUCCAGCUUCUGCCUUUGCCACCUGCUCAAAGUUGAAAGGAAUCGCGCUAUAAGACAUGCCUCAGGAAAGAAACGAAGUGGAGAAUGUGAACGAGUUGUGGUAUUGUUGAGUUCAAGAUGCAGCUUCAUACAUGACAUCUAGGAAAGCCCCACACCCACACACACUAGUAAGUGAUUGAUUAAACUUGGAGUGUCUUUCAAAUCCCGGCGAAACAGAGUUAUCUUCGUGCGAGAUAUGCUAACGGUGAAGUGGGGUAUGUGUAUGCGUAUGCAUGCAGUGUAGGAGGGGAAGAUCGAAGAAAAGUCCGUAAUUUCUCAGCUGGUGUGUCGCAAGAUAAUUAGUUAGUGGGAGCAAUGAAUCUAUUAGUCGGCUAGAUAUACUCAUUGCGGCGUAGUAACAUAUAAGUGCUAUACUAGUAUGAUGGAGAUAGGGAUAUUAAAGGCCUUAGCCGCAUCGUACUAGUACGUGUAUCUUAAUUGUCCGGCCGUUGGUCUGGAC